ACCCGGGUUCGAUCCCCGGCUCGAAACAAUCGCAUAUAUAAAUCAAAUUAUUUUUGGAGGGAAAUCCCCUCCCCUUCCCGCCGUGGAAAUCCCCUCCCUUUCUUUCUCUCUCUCGCUUAAUACUGGAAUCGAGUUUUCUUGAGUCGCUUCAAUGGCGGAAUCAGGGGAAGAGAAAUCGGACGGUCUGGAAAUCAUCUCAAUCGGAGCACUGUCCAGAGGACCAUGGGACAAGAAGUACUGGAGCUCCUCUAGGGGUAAAGAUCGCUACCCUUAUCCAGUAGGAUACAAAGCUGUCCGUCUUCAUAAUGGUAUUAUGUAUGAAAUGGAAAUUCAUGAAGGUCCUAGAGGGCCUUCAUUUUCGAUUACUUCAACUGAUGGGAAGUCAUAUUCAGGGCAAACUCCAGAUAUUGCAUGGGAGAGAUUUCAAAAAAAAGUCUGUCCUCACAUAAAGCUGUGGCAUGGAAAGCGAUAUAUAUGUAAGAUAGAUGGUGUUGAGUUUUUUGGAUUCAAAAAUGCUUUUGUUCAAAGGUUACUUCGAGAAUUGGUGGCAAAUAUUGGUGGAACUGCAGAAACAAGUUGCUUGACUCCUAGCUUUAGGAAUGAGGAUUCUGGGACCAAGUAUUGUCCCCCAAAUGCAGAGUCAUGUUCUUACCCUGAUCUGCUGCCAUGCUUGGCAAGACUGCAGGUGAAAGGGAAGAGAAGUAAGAAAAGCAAACCUGUAAAUUUGAACUUGACUACUGCUGCUAAACUCAAAAAACCCCAACCUGAAGAUCAGGUUGAUUUCUGCAAUGACCCACUAGCUUUGCCAGCACCAGUGAACUUGGGAACUGUAGUUGGUGGAGAAAAUAGUACUUUUUCAGCUGAAGAUGGUUUGCCUUUGGAAUCUUGUUACUCUUCUAAUCAACUCAAAGUGGAAGUUCAACCCCAGAAAGAAAGCAGACUUGUUGCUUCUGAAAACUGUAAACCCACAGGAAUAGGUGGCAACUCAUCCAUGGAUGACGAAAAUCUUGAUAGGUCCAGAGAUGCUGAGGUUCAAGGCUGCACUUCGUCAAUGGCAGCUGAGUAUAAAGAUGAAGAAAUGUCUCUCUCAAAAAACACUGAUAAUAUCUGUGAUGUGGAUCUUUGUGCACCUGAUACUUUUGAUCUUCUGCAUGAUGGUAUGCCUGAUUCUCAACCGACUAGCCAAAAGAAAAGUAUUAGCGAUGAGACAUGUGAUUUAGUUGCUCAGAAUGCAGUGAUUUCUGAGGGGAUGGGAAGUGAGUCGCAUCCAGAAGAAAUCAGAUCAUCAAAUGCAAGUUCUAGACAUAGUGAUUUCGAUUCAGUUGGUCAGGAAAUAGCCAAAUCAAUGAUGACAGUUCUGCUUCCUCAAGCACUUCCGCUGCUCAAAAUAUUCUCCAGAAAGAAGAAAAGAGUAAUGAGCCCUCCAAAAUUUUCUACUAGUGGGGAAAGAAGGAAGAAAAAUGACAGAAUUGACCAUUGUGUUGGUGUUGCGUCUUCUGGUACAAUUGAAGACUAUAUAACAGGCUCAACAUGCUCCAGACAAUCAUUACACAAUGGAAUCAGUGUUAAAACUGGGAGUCCUGUAGAUGUUUGUGCCCCUGAAACGAAUGCUACCAAAAAUCUUGUGCUUGCCUCAGAGGGUCAGCCAACUAGUUCCACUGAUCAGGACCCAUGUAAGAGAGGUCCAUUACCUGAUGAGCAUCCCUGCAGUUUGCACACUGAGAAAAGGACCUUUGAUGGUGUACACAAUACAGCUCCUGCUAUAUCUCAAAAUCAAGAAUUUCUUUGUUCCCCCAUUGACAAGAACAAUGUGGAGUUUCUUGAUACAUCUGCUUCAUGCACAGAAGCAUCUCGAGCCAGUAUUGACAAUGAGUUGAGAAGGGACCAAAGUUUUUCUGAUGUUAGCAAUUCUAUGUCAUGGUUGCAGAGCCAGGGAACAAGUUUCUAUGUCUAUAACAGGGAAGUCACAGAUGGCUCAAGCAUAAAACUCCAGGUGAAAACAGAGCAUAAUGAUGAACCAGAGACUGCUGUUCACUCUGUAGGUUGCUAUGUCCACCGUUUGCCAGUUUCAUUGGUACUUUUAAUCACAAAAGAGGAUGAAAUCUGUAUUUGUGUCCUUUGCGGUGUCUCAAUUGGCAACGAUAAAACCUUGUUUAUGUACAAGUUGUCACUGGAAGAACAAAUAUUUGGCUGUCCUUCUUUUAUUGGUCAUACACCAAUAUUGCUGCCAUUUUCAAGAGAUGAGUUUGGCAGAGAAACUGCAUUGGGUACAUCUAGUUUGCAAUUCACUCCAGAUGGGCACCGUCUUGUUCUUCUUAACUGGAUACAGACUCCUUACUGCAGGGAAGGGAGAAUGCAGUGCCCAUGCUCAGCAUGCAGAUCAGAUUGCUUUGAGCAGAAUGCAGUAAAGGUGGUGCAAGUAGAAAAUGGCUAUGUUUCAAUUGUGGUGAAAUUAAAGACAGUUGAUACCGUUCGCUGUAUCUUAGUUUGUGAGCCUACCUAUCUUGUUGGCAUUGAAGAAAGUGGGAGAUUGCAUCUAUGGGUCAUGAAUCCUACAUGGAGUGAACUGAUAGAGGAAUGUGAUCUGUCUACUUCUGACUAUAUAUUUCCUUGCAUAACGGAAUUGAAGAGAAUUCCAAACCAUGCUGCUCUUGUACUUGGUCAUAAUGGUUUUGGAGAAUUUGGUCUGUGGGAUCUUUACAAACGCAUCUUUUUAGCAAGGUUUUCCUCUGCAGGUACAACUGUUGUUGACUUUCUACCAGUCAGUCUAUCUAGAUGGCAAAGAAGAAGCCCUGUUUCCAUAGAACCUUUUGGGAAGGAGCACAUUGAUGAAAUUAUGGCUGCAACUAGAAACUCAUUCUCAGAGCCGAGGCUGAAUCAUCCAUUUAUUCCAAUAGAGGGUGAGGACAUGGCUAUCUGGCUCCUUAUCUCAACCAACUUCAAUUCUGAUGUUCAACAUGUAUUUGAGUCAAGUGAUCACCACAAAAAUCCACUUGACCAUUGGAGACUAGCUCUACUGGUGAAAGACAGGGUGAUCUUUGGAAGUGCAUUGGACCCAAGGGCUGCUGCAGUUGGUGCAUCAGCUUGCCAUGGAAUCAUUGGGACAUGUGAUGGACUUGUUUACAUGUGGGAACUGUCUACAGGAAAUAAGAUUUGUGAUCUGCAUUGUUUCCAAGGUACUGGUGCCUCAUGCAUUGCCACUGAUAACACAAAGCUGGGUGCUUUGGCAGUAGCUGGUGGAGAUCAGUUGCUGGUUUACUUGCAGCGCAAGGCAGCUUUUUUGGGACAAGUAGGCGAUAAACAAGUUAUCUGACUCACCAUAAGAUGUGUACACGCAAUGAUCUCAAUUGGCAGCAUAGUUUUCUAUACCUAUUCAGCUGUGGCACUAUAAAAGGAAAUGCUUUUAGAGGUGGCCAAAAGUUUGUCUUGGUGAGAAUUUUAAUUUUUGUGUUGUAUACAAUUCUUUUGAUCUAGUUUUGAUUGAUAGCAUCACAGAUUCGGGCCUAAUAUACUCAGCAAAUGUAAAUAGUUGGUUGUAACUUGCAAUUGCCUGUGCAAAGGCUAACAAGAAAAGAAAAAAACUGAAAAA